ACGUGUUACGUAUCACGUCGUCCCAUAUAUAAGGAACGAGCACCGUACGGCGAGCUCAAAGGGAGAUUGGAUUUGUGGCGUUCUGGUGUUUGGGGAACAAUAAAAGACCAUGGCACGUACCAAGCAGACUGCCCGCAAGUCAACUGGUGGGAAAGCCCCUCGUAAACAGCUUGCCACCAAGGCUGCGAGGAAAAGUGCACCUUCCACGGGUGGUGUCAAGAAACCACAUCGUUACAGGCCAGGAACUGUUGCUCUCCGUGAGAUCCGUCGUUACCAAAAAUCCACUGAACUGCUGAUUCGCAAGUUGCCAUUUCAACGACUUGUGAGGGAAAUCGCGCAGGACUUCAAGACUGACCUUCGUUUCCAGUCUGCUGCCAUUGGUGCUCUACAGGAAGCCAGUGAGGCCUAUCUGGUUGGCCUUUUUGAAGAUACCAACUUGUGUGCAAUUCAUGCCAAGAGGGUGACCAUUAUGCCAAAAGACAUACAACUUGCUCGCAGGAUACGGGGCGAGAGGGCGUAACAAAUUGGAUUGUUUUACUAAACUGUGUAUAAUUGGUUUUUAAUCCUUUUUUUUAUUUUAUUAUUGGUAUGGAUCAGUUUCCUGUAUCUACAAAUCAUUCCAUCUGUCACUCAGGGUGAAUGCUUGAUAUCCUCAAAUGUCCCCUCGCUCUUAAACCUUUCUAGAGGCUUGGAGAGGGCAUCUGGUGCUUUAGUUUAUGCAUGUCAUUGACCCUUCCUCACACUUAGUGGUGCACUACCCAUUUAUCACUUACAUAGCUUAAAUAACACUGUUGCAUAGCUUAAAUAAUGGUAAGGUAUAGUUAGCGUUGUCUAGGCAGCACUUAUUGCAUAACAAUUUGUGGCUGUCCAGACUGGAGAGGGAAAGUGAGGGAUGUGUUUGUUCAGGUGCUUUUUCCAUAAUUGUGCCUAUAAUUUGAUCAGUGUUUUAACAUCGACUGUUAGUAUGACAUCACUGUGAAUAAUUUGUUUCAUAUCUUAACUACAGUGGGUUUUUUAAUGCAACUUUUUGUGCCCUGUUAAAGAGGACAUUUAGAGUGACCACAUGUUAGAGACCAGAUCCUGUAUCCUUACUGAAACUUGCUGGCUCAAAUCUGUGGGUAUCUCAUAGGUGCUUAACAGCAGAUUGAUGUGUUAACCAGGCAGCUACAGAACACAAUGUGCAUUUACAAGAGCUAUUUUAUAUAUUAAGUGUCAAACUUUAAAUUAAAUGUUUUACAUUCA